UGGCUGGGCUAGGAAGGGGGUGGGGUGCUGGCCCGCCGGGCCUCAGCUGGCUCCCCAGCAUGGACGCGGGGCUGGGGUCCGGUGAGAGCCAGAGGGCCCGGCACCCCCGGGGCGGUGUGGGGGUCAUGGUGUGUGGCCGGGGGUCUGAGCGCUCACUCGGCUUCGCACGGCAGGUGUCUCUGGUGAGGCUUGCGGGCAGCGGAUAUCAGGGUCCAGCUCAGAGGUCCGCCGUGGCCCUUUGCUGGAGGGUGAGCCCCUACACUCCAGGGUGGAGAGAGCUGAGCAGCAGAGAGGAAUGCCGUGUGGCCCUGUCGCGACGCCAGGCCCCUCCUCCCCGGGGUGCCCUUCUGCACCUCCACCCGCUCUCCCGGCUGCACAGGCUUUAGUCGCACAGCUGGCGGGAGGGUCCUGGGUCCUGGGUCCUGACGCGGCCCUGGGAUCCAGCCAGCUCCCGGCCCCCGCCCACACAGCGGGCCGGUCUCUGUCUCUGCGCUGUUCAGGGGCUCGGAGAAGCAGGCGCUCCUGUUGCUGCCCCACAGCCAGCUCUUCAGCCUCCCUGUGGUGCCCGUGCCCUCAGGUGCCAGUUACCUCCCGGUGCCUGGCGGUGGGCCUCUGGCUGCUCCAAGUUCGGCGUGUGGCACCCCUGCCCCUAUUGCCUGCGGCCCCCUGGGCCUCUCUGCUCACUCACUCCCGUCCCUGCGGUGGGGGGGGGGGGGGGGGGUGGGGGGGCUGGGCCAGCCCUCAUUUGCCUUGUGCAAAUCAGAGAAAGAGGCCUCCACGUGCACCCCAAAUGGUGGUGGCGGCAGCUGGGGCACCUUCCCCGAGAAGCCUGCGGCCGUGGGUGUGGGACGCAAGCUCUUUCUGUCUCCGAGGCUCGUCCUGCGUGAGCAUGGGGGCCCCGCGCGUCCCCGAGCGGACAGUGCUCUUCCAGCGCGAGAGGAGCGGCCUGACGUACCGCGUGCCCGCGCUGCUGCCCGUGCCCCCCGCGCCCACCCUGCUGGCCUUCGCGGAGCAGCGGCUCAGCCCCGACGACGCGCACGCGCACCGGCUGGUGCAGAGACGGGGCACGCUGGCGGGGGGCUCCGUGCGGUGGGGCGCCGCGCGCGUGCUGGGGACGGCCGCCCUGGAGGAGCACCGGUCCAUGAACCCCUGCCCCGUGCACGACGCGCGCACGGCCACCGUCUUCCUCUUCUUCAUCGCCGUGCGGGGCCGCACCCCCGAGGCCGCGCAGAUCGCCGCGGGCAGAAACGCCGCGCGCCUCUGCUGCGUGACCAGCCGGGACGCGGGGCGCAGCUGGGGCGCCGCCCGGGACCUCACGGAGGAGGCGGUGGGCGGCGCCGAGCAGGACUGGGCCACAUUUGCUGUGGGCCCGGGCCACGGCAUCCAGCUGCGCUCAGGCCGCCUGCUGGUGCCUGCCUACACGUACCACGUAGACCGGCGGGAGUGCUUUGGCAAGAUCUGCAGGACCAGCCCGCAUGCCUUCACCUUCUACAGUGACGACCACGGUCGCACCUGGCGCCACGGAGGCCUGGUGCCCAACCUUCGCUCGGGCGAGUGCCAGCUGGCCGCGGUGGACAGCGGGCAGGCCGGCCACAUCCUGUACUGCAACGCCCGGAGCCCCCUGGGGAGCCGCGUGCAGGCGCUCAGUGCGGAUGAGGGCACCUCCUUCCUGCCCGGGGAGCUGGUGCCCGCCCUGGCCGAGACCGCCCGGGGCUGCCAGGGCAGCGUCCUUGGCUUCCCUGCUCCGCUCUUUAGCAGGCCGAGGAAUGGUAGAUGGCCAGUGGGUGCCGGGAGCCACUCCUACUCUCCACACCUCUGUCUUGGAGUCCAGGAACCCUCAGAGGAGGGUACUGGAGACACCCAAGGGGCCCAGGGGCCCAGCGGGAUGGAGGGAUGUAGGGACAGCCCUGAAGAGCCUGGCCUGGGGCCUGGGCUCAGUGGGAUCAUGGCGGCCUGGACCUCGAAGGACCCCGGGCCCCCUGCCACCCUGUCUCAGAGCCCCACCUGGCUGCUGUAUUCCCACCCGGUGGGGCGCAGGGCUCGGCUCCAUAUGGGAAUCUAUCUGAGCCGGUCCCCCCUGGAUCCCCACAGCUGGACGGAGCCCUGGGUGAUCUAUGAGGGGCCCAGUGGCUACUCUGAUCUGGCAUCCGUCGGGCCAACUGUCAAGGGAGCCCUGACCUUUGCUUGUCUGUUUGAGAGUGGGGCCAGGGUCUCCUACGAGGAGAUCUCCUUCUGCAUGUUCUCCCUUGGUGAGGUCCUGCAGAACCUGCCGCCGGGCCCCAAGCCACCCGGCCUCGGGGACAAGCGUCUGGAGCGCUGCCGGCCUUCCUGACGGGCUCUCUGGUCCGACCCAUUUGUACAUACCUCAUAGUAUGCUUUGAAAUAAGAAACAAAAGUGGGCAGACUUCUAGGAGACCUAGAUCCACAGUUACAGUAGAAAAUUGUAGAUACAAGUCUCAAUGACUGACAGAGUGAGCAGACAAAAUCAGGCUGCACACAGAAGCUUUGGCCAACUUGCCCAAGAAGCUUCACUCAGUGGACACACGCACAGCACCGCACAGAACAGAAUCUACAGUCUGUUGGAGUACACGUAGGUGUGAAAAUUGACAUUAUAUUGGAUUAUGAAGUCAAGUCUCUAGAAGACUUCAAAGGAUUGAAAAGUACAGUGAAAUUGAGCUGGAAAUGAAAACAAAAGGAAACUUAAAAUCUUCCUUGUGGGGGCACUUGGGCGGCUCAGUCGUUCAGCAUCCGACUCUUGAUUCCGGCUCAGGU